AGCUUCUGGCGGCCCAACUGGACUUGGCGUUGCGCGGGUCAAUCUGCUAGAGGAGCGCAGGGCCCUAAACGGGUUCACGAACAGAAAUUUGGACAGGAUAUUUGGUGCCAGGAACCAAAAGCCAGUCUGCUGAAUUAUUGUCCCAGUCAUUACAAUUCCUUCGAGUCUCUCCGAAGGUCUGUGGGUGCGCCCAGGUGCCAGCCCCGGGGAGGCACACCUGGAAGCCAUUUUCAAGAACUUUUGCCUCAGGUGUAAAAGACUCCAGACCUUCAAAGAUGCUGAAACAGAUACUAUCAGAGAUGUACAUAGAUCCUGAUCUGCUGGCAGAGCUCAGCGAAGAACAGAAACAGAUCCUGUUCUUCAAGAUGAGGGAGGAACAGAUCCGCCGAUGGAAAGAAAGAGAAGCAGCAAUGGAAAAAAAGGAGUCCUUGCCAGUGAAAUCCAGACCAAAGAAAGAGAACGGCAAAUCUGUUCAUUGGAAACUGGGAGCUGAUAAGGAAGUCUGGGUCUGGGUGAUGGGUGAACACCAUCUAGAUAAACCCUACGAUGUUCUCUGUAAUGAAAUUAUUGCUGAGAGGGCCCAGCUGAAAGCAGAGCAGGAAGCAGCAGAGCUCAGAAAAACUCAGUCCAAAGAAUUUGCCAAUAGCUUGAAAAUGAAAUCACAGUACUAUGAUCUGCAAGCACCAGACACCCGGGAGAUGCGGAAUAUCUAUAAGAAAGCAGCAGAAGAGGAGGAGCUGGAGAAAGGCUCUAGGCCGGCACCACCCCUUGAACCAGAGAAAAUUCCAUCACUCUCCAGUUCCUCAAGAAACAUUCAACAAAUGUUGGCAGAUUCUAUCAGUCGUAUGAAGGCAUAUGGAUUUCACCAGAAGAAAGAAUCCAUGAAGAAAACACAAGAUGAGGAACUAAAACAAAUAGAUGAGGAGAAAACCAAGCAGAUUUAUAAAAGCUGGAAAGAAGAUUCAGAAUGGCAGGCAUCUUUGCGAAAAUCCAAAGCAGCUGAUGAGAAGAGGCGCUCUUUGGCUAAACAAGCGCGGGAAGACUACAAGAGGUUAUCCCUGGCAGCUGAAAAAGGAAGAAGCAGUGAGGGACCACAAAGCCCCCCAAGCGUCCCACAGAAACCAAGAAGACCCCCCCUUCCACCCAAGCCUCAGUUCCUAACCCCAGCGGGAUACCCUCGAAAGCUUCUUAGAAAUCAGGGAGUGACGAGGAUGGCAUCCAGCUCUGCUCAGGAGGACAUCAUUCAGUGGUUUAAAGAGGAGCAGCUGCCUCUGCGAGCAGGCUACCAGAAAACCUCCGACACCAUAGCUCCCUGGUUCCAUGGAAUCCUUACAAUAAAGAGAGCAAAUGAACUUCUGAGCACAUGUGUGCCAGGCAGUUUUCUGAUCCGAGUCAGUGAGAGGAUCAAGGGCUAUGCCCUGUCCUAUCUGUCUGAGGAUGGCUGCAAACAUUUCCUCAUAGAUGCCUCUACGGACUCCUACAGCUUCCUGGGUGUGGACCGGCUGCAGCAUGCCACGCUGGCGGAGCUGGUGGAAUAUCACAAGGAGGAGCCCAUAACGUCCCUGGGGAAAGAGCUCCUUCUGUACCCCUGUGGUCAGCAGGACGAGCCGCCCGACUACCUGGAGCUCUUUGAGUGACAGCCUCCCUCGUGUCACCCUGAACCCUCCAGCUGGGCUUUCCUCUGGACAAACAUCGCAGAAAUAGACAUUUGUGUGAAGCCAAAGCCACCCUGCCGCAGAGCCAGUGCUGAUCCGCUGGAGGCAUCCUUGGAGCCCCACGGAUGUCUCUCUUCUGCACAAAUGCUGGAGUUUAAUGUUAAAAGAAAAUUGCCUCUGCAGCACAUGCACUCCGAAAGUAAAAGGGAGAUGAUUCCCAAUUUCAGCAACUACCUAACAUGAAGGACACAGCCCUAAUGCCGUAUAUAAAAUGAACAAAGAAGAAAUUGAGGCAUUACUUCAAAAACCAGUAGCUCAUGUGAACUAUUUCAUGACCGAUGCACUCCCUCUUUGCGUCGUUUUGAAAUGUCUCAGGAUUGUGCUUAAUUAAAGUUCCAUGUUGGCUUUGAGGAACUGGCAGGAAAGCCUUUUGGUGACCAGAACAACCCCACAAACACCGUCAUUUAUUAGGCAUGUUGGAGCCAGGAUGCAAAAGACACAGAAGAACAAAAGUUGGGAAUGGAGGUUGAAUGAGGACUUAAAAAUGUAGGAGAGGCUUAUCAUGUAAAGAAAUAUCGCAGAAUGCAGGGGCGUGAGCAGACGUGUGCGAGUGUGUUUCCCUGGGCAGGACGGCGCUUGCCCUGGCUACCUUGUGUCCAUCCAGGAGCGCACCAAGCAGGAUGAAGUGUGAGGGGUUAAUCGGUGGGAUUGGACCAGAACAGAAUAGUGAGCUGUGUGAGUACUACUUGUUGUGGGUCGAAUAGUGUCCCCAGAAAGAGAUGUUGAAGUCCUAAGCUCUAUACCUGUGAACGUGACCUUCUUUGGGAAUAGGGUCUUGGCAGAUGCGAUCAAGUUAGGAUGGUUCAUACUGGAUUCAGGUGGGCCUUCAGUCCAAUGACUGGCAUCCUUAGCAGGAGAGAAGGGAUUUGGAAACAGACAUGCCGAGGUGAGGCGGCCACGGGACGACAGAGGCCAGAGGCGGAGGCUGGAGACAUGCAGCCACAGCCAGGGAGUGGCAGGCAGUGCUGGAGACCCCCAGCCGCUAGGACAGCAGUAUGGAACAUGCUCCCCCCCACCCCCGGAGCCUUGGAAGGGAAUGUGGCCCUGCUGACACCUUGGUCUCAGACUUCUGGCCUCCAGAAGUAAGAGAAUAAACUUCUGUCCCCCUAAGCCUCCGAGUUUGUGGUAAUUUGUUAGAGCAGCCCCGGGAAAGGAGCACAGAAGGUCAUGUAACUGUGGAAUGUGAAGUGCAUUACGUACCAUUUGUUGCUUCACAGUCUGCCUUUCUGAUAAUGUAGGAAAAAGGGGAGAUGAGAGUAACCUCCCAAGUGGGACACAGAUUUGCUCAGCCAGGAAUCCCCUGCCCCACUGCAUCCCCUCCGCCAGCCUGCAGCCCAGCAGGGGCGCCGGCCUCCCCUCCGGGCAGCACCCAGCACCGGAAUGCAAGGACAGGGCGCUCUGAGCCACGGGUUCUCCUGCGGAGAUGGAGACGUCCCUGUACUUCAGGCCUUCUCCCUGUGUCCGCGACCCUCCAGAAGAGGCAGGGGUUGCCUGUGAGGUAGUUGGUUGUGUAAAAUGUAUGAGAGAGAGUGUGGGGUCCAUGUGUCUGUGUGUGAGUGUGUAUGGGUGCACACAUGUGCUUUCAUGAGAAAGGUUUUAAACACAGAUCAUUGUAAAGCAUUACUUGAAAUGUCGCGUGUGUUUGUAUGGUCUGAGAGACAAGUGUCAUUGAGAGUCUUUGGCUUUCAUUACUGUGACUCAACAGCCAUGUCCUUAUAGACUUGCAAAGAUAGCACAGGACAGGAAGUCACAAAGUUCUAUUCUGUCCGCAUAUCUUCCCACCAUUAGCUUUCUGAACUUCAGUUUCACUUCUAAUAAAAAAGCACAUUUUUUAAAAUU